UUUAAACCUUCGCUAUCUAUUUGAAAUGCUAUUGCCUCCAAUUCAAACAGGUAACUUUACGAAAAUAUCCCCAACAUCCCUCGCCAUUUCCACUGACAAUAGCAUUCCUUCCCCCCCAAUAACUAGGGUUCCUUCAAUCUUACCCUGCAAUUUCACCAUUUUCUAACUCCCUUCAUUUUCCCUCCACAAUUCUCUCUCACUCUCACCCCUCCAAAAAUAAUGGUGCAAUUCGAUUCGAAUUCAAAUUCCGCCACCACCAUCCACCACUCUAAACCAGCGGACACCUUUCAGCUCAUGCUAUCAGAAUCUAUCCACCGGUUUUUCACCGAAUACCGCAGCGGUUCAACCGAUUUCUCCCAUUUUACCUCCAUUUUCUCUCGCUUGCUACAGAAUCUACCCGAUCCGCCACUCGAAUUCGUUUGGUUUUACUCCGCAGUAACGUUCCACUCCUCCAAUAAAUUUAACUCCCCAAAUCCAGUCUCCAGUUCCAAAGACCUUUUCCAGCUCCUGGCUUCCUGCUCCACUUCCUGCAACGCCGGUAAAAGAAUAUCCGUACUCGCUCCUGUAAUUUACGACCUGUACCCUUUAGUUUUCGACCGAAAAGAGUUAAAAAGGGAAGUUGAGAGUUUGUUAGACGGGAUUGUGAGUUACAUUAGCAUAUGUUGCGGUAUGGAAGACGACGGAAACGACGACUUGAGUUCGCGUUUUGGUGAUUUAUUGCGCGUUUGGAUGGUAGAUAGAGUCGGGAUGGAAGGUGAAAAAAGAGAUGACUUGAAGGUGUUUUUCCCACUUGUUAGUGAAGAAUCUCGAAAAGUGAUCAGAGGAGGAUGCAAGGUUCGGUAUUUGGCUGGUGUUGUCAUGUGUCAGGCUUUUCUGCUGAGAUUGUGCUUGAAAUUUGGAUAUGGGAUUCCGAAAUUGGAGUUGGAAAACGAUUUGCAUGAUUGCGCCGUUCAAAUGAUAACUGGGUUUCGGAGUUUUCACUUUCUGGAUAUCUUUCUCAGGAUGCUAUUGGAACCGGUUUUACCUGUCACUUCUCCACUGGGCCAUGGAAAUGAAGUUAUUUUAAGAGAGACUUUGUAUGAUGCGGUUAUAAAGAUGGACCAUGCAUUCCUUGGUCCAGAGGGAGGAAUUCUGCUACCUGGCAGACAAGUAAAAGAUCUCGCAUUGACAUGGUCCUUUGUUGCUGACAAUGCCAUACGGUCAGUGAGGGAGAAUGGUAACCAGACCAAAGCUAUCUCUUACAUAAAUGCUUUCUCCGAAUCUUGGCUACUCUCUCAGUUGAUCAAGUGGGUUACCAGUCAGAAUGGGAUGGUGGACAAAGCAACGAGCCUGAAUGUUUCUACUCCUGUAGCUCUUAUCAAGUGGCUACUCAUCGUUGAGGAUCAAGGGGUGAGAAUAUUUGAAUGUGACAUCUCCAAGGUUUAUGCCAAGGCUGUACUUUGCAAGUCGAGAGUUGAAUAUGAGAUCCCAGUUGAUAAGAUAAGUAGCAAAUAUUCAGCUGAGAAUCUUGCUUGCAUGGUUCAUGAGAGGAAAGAAGACAAAACAGCUGAUAAUGAUCUAGAGAUGAUUGAUUCAAUGGCUACGAUUCCCUUGUCUGCUCCUUGCUCGAUGAAAUCAAUAGCAGCAGCUGAUGGUGUAAGAAAACGCAAAGAAGGGAGCAACAUCAAAGAGGAAAUACCUGUUAAGUUUAUCAAGUAUCACUUAUGUGAAAACUUGGUAACGGAUAAGCUUUUGUCUCUGGCUAAUGAUGAUGGUUUGAGUUGUGGGAAUGACGUUAACAGUCCGAUUUUGGAUGAAUAUAUGAGAGAGAUGGAACAAUAAUUUUUUUCUAGGCCAGCAACUUCAUCACAGUUUAUGUUGACUGCUGGCUCAUCAAUUUCAACUGAAGGGUGGAUGGGAACACUAUGCAACUGCAUUUGACUAAUGCAUAACAUAUUUUGAAGUAGGUAGCAUGCGGAUGGUCAUAGAGAAGUGCCUUGUGGCCUACCUUUCAAUUUGCGGACAUAGUUUACUAUUUCAGGCUAAUCACACACAUGAUGUUUGUGUUAGUUUUAUGUAUAUUGGAAGGCUUUUGUGGCUGAAGAAGUCAGUAUUUUACCAUUGGAUGAUGGCAUCUCAUUUCAGUAUUGGCUCCCUAACUUAUCAUUUGAAUUCUUCAUAUUAUUGGCACUGUAGAAGAAUUAUCUGAGUUCUUUGUAGUAUGAUCUAUACAUAGUAAUCAUGUAGUAAUUAAAGUUAACUGCCAAUAUAUAUAUAAAUAUAUAUUUCCUCUUA